AUGAAAGCAUCAGCAACUUUUCUUCUCUUCUUUUGUCACCUCUUAGUAGUGUCUUUGGCCAAUUCGGGCAUGAAAAGACAAUACCACCCUUGCAGACAUCUCGUGUUUUAUUUUCACGACGUUGUCUAUAAUGGUCAAAAUGAUGCUAAUGCAACUUCUGCGAUUGUAGGUGCACCCCAAUGGGGAAAUCUUACAAUUUUAGCUGACAAAUUUCAUUUUGGGAAUGUAGUGGUCUUUGACGAUCCAAUCACCUUAGAUAAUAAUUUUCAUUCAGUGCCGGUGGGUCGUGCUCAAGGAAUGUAUUUAUACGACACUAAGUACACGUGGACGGCAUGGCUAGGGUUUUCCUUUGUGUUUAAUAGUACGCAACACAAGGGAACCAUAAACUUCAUUGGUGUUGAUCCGCUUUUGGUGAAGACUAAAGACAUACUUGUUGUUGGUGGGACCGGGGAUUUCUUCAUGCAUCGAGGGAUUGCAACUAUUAAUACCGAUUCUUUUGAAGGGGAAGUGUAUUUCAGGCUUCGUGUCGAUAUUAAGUUUUAUGAAUGUUGGUAA